UCAUGAUCAGCCUAUGAAGAUGCCACCAUCGGAGGGGGUGCUUGCCUAAACCCCAGGCCCAAGGGUUUUACUUGUGAUUUCUCUGGGUCGUCUGGGUGGAUUCUGACUGGAGAUACUGUCCUCAGUGGACCUGCCCAGAAAGACUGUAAAGAGGGGCUGAGAAUUCCUCCUUCAACCGGGAGUUCUCUGAGAAGCACAUGGGAUUUCAUUCCUCAGGUUUCGUCCUAUGAGAAGCUACCAGAGCCUGGGAUCUACCAGCUUUGAGCCUGCGUGUCUCUAAAGCGCACCGCUCCUGGGAUUACAGUCAGUUGAACGGGGGAUUCAGAAAAGUUUCUGAGGACUGAAUAAGAAUGCUCCGAGGCCGGUCCCUCUCUGUGACAUCCCUGAGUGGGCUUCCUCAGUGGGAAGUUGAAGAACUUCCCGUGCAGGAUUUACUGCUCUUUGAAGUCGCUUGGGAAGUGACCAAUAAAGUUGGUGGCAUCUAUACUGUGAUCCAGACAAAGGCCAGAACAACAGUGGAUGAAUGGGGAGACAAUUAUUUUCUGAUUGGCCCAUAUUUUGAGCAAAACAUGAAGACACAGGUGGAACAGUGUGAACCUGUAAAUUAUACUGUUAAAAGAGCAGUGGAGACAAUGAAUAAACAUGGCUGCCAGGUACGUUUUGGAAGAUGGCUGAUAGAAGGGAGUCCUUACGUGGUGCUCUUUGACAUAGGGUAUUCGGCUUGGAAUCUGGACAGGUGGAAAGGUGACCUCUGGGAAGCAUGCAGUGUCGGCAUCCCUUAUCACGACCGAGAAGCCAAUGAUAUGUUGAUAUUUGGAUCUUUAACUGCCUGGUUCUUAAAAGAGGUGACAGACCAUAUGGAAGACAAACACGUCAUUGCCCAUUUCCAUGAAUGGCAGGCCGGAAUUGGACUGAUCCUUUCUCGUGCCCGGAAACUUCCCAUCGCUACGAUAUUUACCACCCAUGCCACACUGCUUGGGAGGUAUCUUUGCGCAGCAAACAUUGAUUUCUACAAUCAUCUUGAUAAGAUGUAGUUACUCCAAAUGGUUUAAAUGUUAAAAAAUUUUCAGCAGUACAUGAAUUUCAAAAUCUACAUGCAACGUACAAGGCCAGGAUACAGGAUUUUGUUCGAGGUCAUUUCUAUGGUCAUCUGGACUUUGAUCUUGAAAAGACUUUGUUCCUUUUCAUUGCUGGGAGGUAUGAGUUUUCAAACAAAGGAGCUGACAUCUUCCUAGAAUCCUAGGAGAAAUUCCUGACAUGCAUAAUAUUUUGGAUCGAGAUGAUCUCACAAUUAUGAAAAGGGCCAUCUUUUCAACUCAGCGACAGUCUUUGCCUCCAGUGACCACUCACAACAUGAUUGAUGACUCUACUGAUCCCAUCCUCAGCACCAUUAGACGGAUUGGACUUUUCAACAGCCGCACUGACAGAGUCAAGGUGAUUUUGCACCCAGAGUUCCUAUCCUCCACCAGCCCCUUGUUACCCAUGGAUUAUGAGGAGUUCGUCCGAGGCUGUCAUCUUGGAGUAUUCCCGUCAUACUAUGAACCGUGGGGUUAUACUCCAGCCGAAUGCACUGUGAUGGGCAUCCCCAGUGUGACGACCAACCUCUCCGGCUUUGGCUGUUUCAUGCAGGAGCACGUGGCUGAUCCUACUGCAUAUGGUAUCUACAUUGUUGAUAGGCGGUUCCGCUCUCCAGAUGAUUCUUGCAAUCAGCUGACUCAGUUUCUGUACGGAUUUUGCAAACAGUCACGUCGCCAAAGAAUAAUCCAGAGGAACCGAACUGAAAGGCUCUCAGAUCUUCUGGAUUGGAGAUACUUAGGCAGAUAUUACCAGCAUGCCAGGCACCUGACAUUAAGCAGAGCCUUUCCAGAUAAAUUCCAUAUGGAACCCACAACACCACCAACGACAGAAGGAUUUAAAUAUCCCAGGCCUUCCUCAGUACCACCCUCUCCUACAGGGUCUCAGGUCUCCAGUCCUCAGAGCAGUGAUGUGGAAGAUGAAGAUGAGGAUGAGAGAUACAAUGAGGAAGAGGAGGCAGAAAGGGAUCGGAUAAACAUUAAGUCACCAUUUUCUUUGGGUCCUGUUCCUCAUGGGAAGAAAAAGUUGCAUGGUGAAUACAAGAACUGAAUUCCAUGCUUGCUGAACAGAGCUAAUUUAGUGAGAACAUAGUAAGAAUAAUUAUUUAAGGAAAUGAUAAUGACACAAAUUUCAUUUUCUUCUUCUAAGUAUCACAAUGGGAUUGAGUCUCUGCCUAAAAAGUGGAGACUAAGUGAAUAGCAAUUUUAUAGUUUAUAAUAAAAUCCAAGCUAUUUUCCUCAACUCUUUUCUUCCCAGUAAAUUUAGGCAUGAAGAAGUGUUAAUUAAAGGAGGAAGACCGGAAGUGUUUUUAAAAUGGUAAUUUAAGCAAUAAGAAUUUUUAUUUAAUACUGCUCAUUUUUAAAUUAUCAUCACCAUAGUCCUUUGCUUAGUAUUUAUACAGCUUCUAUACCUGCCAAACAGGUCUCCCAUUUUCAUGCCGAAAUAUCCUAUUCUUAGCUGUGAAUGUGCACUACCUAUGUAUUUUAAAUAACUUGGUCAUUAGUGAUUAUUUUCAUUUUUCAUGAGUCAGAAACAUGAAUUUAUAUCCAGUUUUGCAGGCAAUCAAAAUCCAUAGAAAAUAGCUAUUCUAAAUCCAGAUCUUGAUGCAUAUUAUCAUAUUUACAAGGUCACUUUUCAAAUUAAUGAGAGGAAUGUAUUUCUAUCUGCACUAUACCAUCUGACUGUAAUAAUUUUAUUGUUUAAAAGGAAAGACUUUUUGAAACCUUGGUCAAUCUUCCACAGAUGAUAAAUUGUUAAAUCCAAAAUGAAUAAAUAUAUUAAUAUUUAAAGAUUUAACUUUCACUAAUAAUGCCCUCUUUAAAAUUCUUUUAGACAUUUAAAUAAGAUAACAUGUGUAAAGUACCUGCUAUGUAAUAGCGCCUUAUGAAGGACAACAUUUAAAACUAUCUUUAAAAAAAAAUAGCAAAAAGAAAAUUUAGAGACUACUUUAUAAUAAGGACAGUGUCUCUAACACAUUCAUGAUGUGCAUGGAGACAUUGACUAAAUGAUUGUAAUUAAGCAUAUUUAUGUUUUAAAUGUAAUUAAAUAUAAAGUGGCAAAAAAGCCCCCCAAAUUUACAUUCACUCUUGGAUUUUUUUCCCCACAACUGAGUAUUAUUACAUUUAGAUCACAGUGAACACCUUGGUUGGCAUCUCAGUUGGUGGGGUCAGUAGAGGUUCUAAAAAAGUUUUGGCCUCAGUGCUGGAUUGUUGAUGUCAACAAGGGAAGAGUAACAACAUGUGUCAGAUGGUUCAAAACCAGGGCAAAACUGUAAUUCAGCUCUUCCAUUGCCCCAUGGUUAGGAAAACAUAGAAGAAUGGUCGAAACGAGGAACAAAUCAGGCCAAAAUGCAAAAUGGUGGCAAGCUCACCUGAUUUAGUGGUUUAGGAAGAAAGGAAAUAAAUUACCUAAAACCCAACCCUUGAAAAAUGCCCCCUGAUGCCAAUUAACCCAGUGUCUGUAGAGCAGUUUGGAAAGCUCCAUACUGAAGAUCAGAAAAAAAUAUGAGAUGGAUUUGUAUUAUAGGACAAACGCUCGUUUGCUGAUGUACCAGAAAGACCUCCUGAUAUAAAGGGAUUUCACUGUUACAAUAACCAUGAAAAUGUAUCCCUGAUAGAGUGACACAUUAUGUAUUCAAAUGAUACUCUUGAUUGAUAAUUGGUAGAGUCAUUGUUAUUGAAAGCAUGAGCUAUCCAAUAAAAUACCUUCUUAAUAUAAAA